AUGCGGAUAGAAGAGGUGAAAACUCGUGAGAACAAGGAAGAAAAAUCAGAUGAUUUAGCUGGCGAUGAACACAACGAGCCAGCUUCGUACGAAAAUACAACUGAGAUGCACAAACCCAUGCCCUCGUCCAGGUCCACGUGCGGUAUAAUUCAGAACAUCUACGAAAAGUCUUUAUGGGCCGCAUCAAAGAGAUAUCAAUCGAAUAUGUUGGGAGGGCCUUCCAAGAUACACGAGAUACGAGAGUUUGAAGAUAAUAUAUACCGUGACAACAAAAAUUUGCCGCCCGAUGCAAAGCUCGAUUCUGGCGACAUUAUCUGCGCCAUCCUCUCACAUGGCCGCUGGCAUUGCAAAGUCCCUCAGUGCGGACCGACUUUUGAACCAAUGUUUGCCAUUGACAUACAUCUUCAAGCACAUGGCACAAUAGCCUUAACAAAUUGGUAUUGUGGAGAUGCUACAUGCGAUACUGGUGCUGAGAGCAUCUUCCACGAUCGAACGAGCUUUGGUUCUCAUGUUGCUACUGGGCACAUAGGUUCUAGCUAUAGCACUGCGGCUGGACGUCGUGUUCCUAAGGGAGAUGUCUUAAUAACCAGCCUCAUGGAGCAACUGAAGUUCGAACGCUUACACAUCAAGACAUCAAACCGCCGAGACAAGCGUAUGAAGGCAUCGACAACUCUCGCCGGCAACAAGAUACAACAUGGUCCACCGUCCGAUACAGAUCCGAAAGUACGUGCACGGGCGAAAUUAUGUGGUGAUGAAUUGCUCGAAGGACCAGAAAUAGGGUAG